AACUCCGCCUGGAGCCCCUUUCCGGGGGCUACUGCCGGUCCCAAGCCCGGAUAAAGGAGGAGGGUUGGGCAUGGGGUUAGCGACCCCAUCCCGUAGAAAACUAACUCGCUAAAAAAACGCUAACCAGAAAAAAUUAUUCAAACCAUUUAAACUCUGCCCUGGGAGUCAGGAGGUCUUCGUUUAGAAGAAUUAUGACGCCUCAUGAUGAAAGCCGAGUUUCUUCGGAAGUCACGAGGCCGAUGCCCCUUCUGACAACCAGAGCAACCACUUAUUUAGGUACAUGGAAUGCUCGCACAAUGUGGGAGACUGGGAGAGUUUUCCAAAUUGCUGCAGAAAUGAGGAGAUACAAUUUAGAGGUGCUUGGGAUCAGUGAAACACAUUGGACGCAAGUUGGACAACAACGACUAGCUUCAGGAGAGCUGCUGUUAUACUCCGGACAUGAACAAGAAAAUGCUCCACAUACACAAGGAGUUGCAUUGAUGCUGUCCAAACAAGCACAAAAUGCACUUAUAGGAUGGGAAUCUCAUGGACCAAGGAUCAUCAAAGCCUCCUUCAAAACAAAGAAAGAGGGCAUUACAAUGAACGUCAUCCAAUGCUACGCGCCUACCAACGAGUACAAUGAAGACGCUAAAGAUCAAUUCUACGAUAGGCUGCAGUCAAUCGUCGAGAAGUGCCUAACUAAAGACCUGACUAUUCUGAUGGGAGACCUAAAUGCCAAGGUUGGAAUUGACAACAUCGGAUAUGAAGAGAUCAUGGGACGACACGGACUGGGAGAAAGGAACGAAAAUGGUGAGAGAUUUGCAAAUCUAUGUGCCUUCAAUAAACUGGUCAUAGGCGGGACUAUAUUCCCACAUAAACGCAUACACAAAACCACAUGGACUUCACCGGAUCACAGCACACAGAACCAAAUCGACCAUAUCUGCAUCAACAAAAAGUUCAGGAGGACGAUGGAGGACGUGAGAACAAAGAGAGGAGCUGACAUAGCAUCAGAUCAUCACUUGCUGGUCGCCAAGAUGAAAUUGAAACUCAAGAGGCACUGGACAACGGGGAGGACAAUAUCCCAAAAGUUUAAUACGGCUCUUCUUCGGGAUACUGACAAACUCAAUAAAUUCAAGAUAACCCUCAGCAAUAAGUUCCAAGCCUUUCAUGAUCUACUCAAUGGAGAAGGAACUACUAUGGAGAGCAACUGGAAAGAGAUAAAAGAGGCAAUCACUUCAACAUGUCAUGAGGUUCUGGGCCAAAAGAAGCACCAUCACAAGGAAUGGAUCACGGUCGAUACACUGGAUAAGAUUCAAGAAAGGAGGAACAGGAAAGCAGCAAUCAAUACCAGUCGAACAAGAGCAGAAAAAGUCAAGGCACAGGCUGAAUACACAGAAGUAAACAAGCAAGUGAAAAGGAGCAUCAGAACUGACAAACGUAAAUAUGUGGAAGAUUUGGCAUUGACGGCGGAAAAGGCUGCGAGAGAAGGAAACAUGAGACAACUGUAUGAAACAACAAAGAAACUCUCUGGAAAUCACCGUAAACCAGAACGACCAGUGAAAAGCAAGGAAGGCAAGAUAAUUACCAACAUUGAAGAACAACGAAACAGGUGGGUAUAACACUUCAAAGAACUCUUGAAUCGACCAGCCCCACUGAACCCACCCAACAUCGAAGCAGCACUCACGGACCUCCCAAUUGAUGUUGGCGCACCGACAAUUGAAGAAAUCAGCAUGGCUAUCAGACAAAUCAAGAGUGGCAAAGCAGCAGGACUAGACAGCAUUCCAGCAGAGGCACUGAAAGCAGACGUAGCAGCAACUGCAAGGAUACUCCAAACUCUCUUCAGAAAGAUCUGGGAUGAGGAACAGGUACCAAAAGACUGGAAAGAAGGACUUCUAGUCAAAAUACCAAAGAAAGGCGAUCUCAGCAACUGUGACAACUACAGGGGAAUCAGUCUUCUCUCAAUACCAGGAAAAGUCUUCAACAGGGUAUUGUUAAACAGGAUGAAGGACUCCGUAGACGCCCAACUUCGAGACCAACAGGCAGGAUUCCGUAAGGAUAGAUCGUGCACAGACCAAAUCGCAACUCUACGGAUCAUUGUGGAACAAUCAAUUGAGUGGAAUUCAUCACUCUAUAUCAACUUCAUUGACUACGAAAAAGCAUUUGAUAGCGUGGACAGAACAACCCUAUGGAAGCUUCUUCGACACUACGGCGUGCCUCAGAAGAUAGUCAAUAUCAUACAGAAUUCCUAUGAUGGAUUAAACUGCAAAAUCGUGCAUGGAGGACAGUUGACAAAGUCGUUCGAAGUAAAGACCGGUGUCAGGCAAGGUUGCUUACUCUCACCCUUUCUCUUUCUCCUGGUGAUCGACUGGAUCAUGAAGACAUCAACAUCUGAAGGGAAGCACGGGAUACAGUGGAUAGCUAGGAUGCAGCUGAACGAUCUAGACUUCGCAGAUGAUCUGGCUCUUCUAUCGCAUACGCAACAACAAAUGCAGGAGAAGACAACCAGUGUAGCUGCAGCCUCAGCAGCAAUAGGUCUCAAUAUACACAAAGGGAAAAGCAAGAUUCUUCGAUACAACACAGCAUGUACCAAUCCAAUCACAAUUGACGGAGAAGCUUUGGAAGAUGUAAAAACCUUUACAUAUUUGGGCAGUAUCAUCGAUGAACACGGUGGAUCUGAUGCAGAUGUGAAGGCACGGAUUGGCAAAGCAAGAGCAGCAUAUUUACAACUGAAGAAUAUCUGGAACUCAAAACAAUUAGCAACCAACACCAAAGUCAGAAUUUUCAAUACAAAUGUCAAAACAGUUCUACUGUAUGGGGCGGAAACCUGGAAAACUACGAAAUCCAUCGUCCAAAAGAUACAGGUGUUUAUUAACAGUUGUCUACGCAAAAUACUUCGGAUCCGCUGGCCGGACACUAUAAGCAACAACCUACUGUGGGAGAGAACAAAUCAGAUCCCAGUGGAGGAAGAAAUCAGGAAGAAACGCUGGAAGUGGAUAGGACACACAUUGCGGAAAGCACCGAACUGCGUCACAAGACAAGCCCUCAUAUAGAAUCCUCAAGGUCGAAGGAGGAGAGGAAGACCAAAGAAUACAUUACGCCGGGAAAUGGAGAUAGAUAUGAG